UUCUCCUCACUAAAUUUCCCGCAACUGCAAAAACUUAACCUAAAACCCUAAAAUACUCUUAGCAGAGGCGAUCAAUGGCUUCCAUCGAACAAAUCCAAAAUGGUUCUCUUGUAACGCAUGAAUUUGAAAAUUCUCAAGUGAAACCAGAAGAAGCAGACGCAGGUUCAGUGAAAAUCGCACCAGAGGUUUCGAUAGAGAAGCCAAAAUGGCCUGGGUGGCCUGGGAGUUGUGUGUUCAGAUUGAUUGUACCGGUGCUCAAAGUUGGAAGUAUUAUUGGGCGUAAAGGAGAACUUGUUAAGAAGAUGUGUGAGGAAACUGGGGCUAAGAUUCGUGUACUUGAUGGUCCUCCUUCCUCUCCUGAUCGAGUUGUUCUAAUAUCAGGGAAAGAAGAACCCGAGGCAGCAUUAUCCCCUGCUAUGGUAGCUGUAAUAAGAGUGUUCAAACGUGUCACUGGUCUAUCUGAAGGUGAAGAUGAUGUCAACUUACCUGGAGUUGCUGGGGCUGCAUUCUGCUCCAUCAGACUACUCGUAGCAUCAACACAAGCUGUGAACUUAAUAGGAAAGCAAGGGUCUUUAAUCAAGCCUAUCCAGCAAAAUACUGGUGCCUCCAUUCGAGUUCUUUCCAAUGAUGAGAUGUCAAUCUAUGCGACUUCGGAUGAGAGAAUUGUGGAAAUUCAAGGUGAAGCUCUUAAGGUUCUCAAAGCUUUAGAAUCAGUGAUUGGGCACCUUAGAAAGUUCUUGGUGGAUCAGAGCGUUCUUCCCUUGUUUGAAAAGAAUUACAAUACACCUUCCGUUCAGGAGCGCGAAACUGAGCCUUGGUCUGAGAGGACAAUGCUUAAUACCUCACGACCAGGACUUGGUGAUUAUCCUCCUCGAUCAGGACUUGGUGAUUAUCCUCCUCGAUCAGGACUUGGUGAUUAUCCUCCUCGAUCAGGACUUGGUGAUUAUCCUCCUCGAUCAGGACUUGGUGAUUAUCCUCCUCGAUCAGGACUUGGUGAUUAUCCUCCUCGAUCAGGACUUGGUGAUUAUCCUCCUCGAUCAGGACUUGGUGAUUAUCCUCCUCGAUCAGGACUUGGUGAUUAUCCUCCUCGAUCAGGACUUGGUGAUUAUCCUCCUCGAUCAGGACUUGGUGAUUAUCCUCCUCGAUCAGGACUUGGUGAUUAUCCUCCUCGAUCAGGACUUGGUGAUUAUCCUCCUCGAUCAGGACUUGGUGAUUAUCCUCCUCGAUCAGGACUUGGUGAUUAUCCUCCUCGAUCAGGACUUGGUGAUUAUCCUCCUCGAUCAGGACUUGGUGAUUAUCCUCCUCCAACAAAGAGGGACUCACUGUUUCCCGAACGUGAAAGCCAGCUGGACUCACAUUAUCAUUCUACUGGACUUUCACUGUAUGGGCAAGAUCUUGGACUUUCUGGAACUCGCACUUCAGGUGUGGGUCGUGCUGGGAAUUCUGUUAUUACUCAGAUAUCCCAAACUGUUCAAAUGCAAAUACCACUAGCUUAUGCAGAAGAUAUCAUUGGCAUUGGGGGAGCAAAUAUUGCUUAUAUACGCCGUACUAGUGGUGCCGUUCUUACGGUGCAAGAAAGUAGGGGUUUAUCUGAUGAAAUCACGGUGGAAAUAAAAGGGAUGUCAUCACAAGUUCAGACAGCCCAGCAGCUUAUCCAGGAAUUCAUGAGCAGCCACAAAGAAUCACUUCCAAGCAGUUAUGGCCAGUUAGAUACAGGCUUGAGGCAAUCGUCUUACUCUAACCUUGGUGGUGGCUCUUACCCAUCAUCUUCAUACGGCGGACAUCAUUAUGGUGGUGGCUAUGGAUCAUUUGGUGCUGGAGGAGGAUACAGUAGCUACAGGUCAUGAACAGAAUAGCCGGAGUCUUAGCACUCGUACUUCCCUUCCUGUUUGUUAUUGUGCAUCUGAUGCCAGAGCAAACACUGAAGCAACCGCAUGUGGUUCAUGCUUUGUUAAUCUGAUAUCGCAUACAACAAUGUAUUGAUAGCUUUUCCAGUAGCCCACCAUAGCUUGUAGUUCUUGCAUGUGUAUCGAUAUGAUACCAUUGAAUCUUUCGUUGAUUUAUUUAUACUUUAAGCUUCGUUUUGUAAAUGUUGCAACUUGUGACUUGCACAAAAAUGAUCAGUUGCAAUUGCCUCUCCAGAGGGGUGGUAGUUUUUCAGAUAUUUAUGAAUGAACCUUGUCAAAUUUUGUUGUUUA